AUUUUUGAUUUAUUUUAAAUGAAGUUAAAACGAAUUUAUUUCAUAAUUUAAAAAUAUAAAUAUAUUUUAAAUUUAAUUUGAUAGACAUGAGUAAAUCUAUAAUUGCAAAUGAUUUUACUUGUGCUAUUUUUGUAACAAGUGAUAUGUAAAAAUAUAAUCUAACAUAAAAAUAUAACAAAAAUAUUUUUAAAAAAUGACUAUGGAGAUUAAACAUGUAGAUAAUAAUUUACCACUUCCUUCUGAAAAAAUGCCUAAAUGUUGGAAUGAAGAAGAAAGAAUCAGUGCUUUAUUUUCUCCUUUUCGAAAUAAAUCAGUAAAUUCACAAGAUUGGAUAUCAAAAUAUAAAUUUUGGCAAAAUUUAAUAUAUGAAUGGUUAAAAUAUACUAGGAAAAGUAGUUUUUCUAUUGCAGACUUAAAUAAUGCCUUUAAAAGAAAAGGUUGUACACCUCUUUGUUUAAUAACUGUUGUUGAAGAACUUCUUCGGAAUAAUGAAAUAAUUUUAGAAACUGAAUUUUUGAAAGAACCUUGUGAAUCAUGGACAGCAUGGUCAAUUGACAUACUUGUGAAAAAACCACUUACAUGGUCAUUUUCAAAAGUUAAAAGUUAUGUUGUUAACAAUGAAAUUAACAAAGAAACUAGAUACAUAAACUUACAAAUUAUUAAAGAAUUUGGAGAUAUUUUGUUUUCUAUUUUAGAAAAAAGAAAAGAUAAUAUUCUUAUAUCAUUUUCUGAGUUAAUAAAAUGUUACAGAUCUGAAAUAGACCAAAAUAUAUCAGAUAAUACAGUAAUGUUAAUCUUGAUGUGGUUAAGACGUGAAAAAAAAAUUGUACUUAAAAGUAAUGAAAAUGAAAGUGAAUUAUUGAUUAAAAUUGCUACACAUUCAUCAGAUGGUGUAACUGAAAUUGAGGAAGGAUUAUACAAGUUAAUUAAACAAGAAAAUGAACUUAUAAAAGAAAUAGAAUUUAUGGAAAAAGAAAAAAUUAAUAUUAUUAAUGAAGCUAAAUCAUAUUUAAUUAAAGGAUUACGACAGGUAGCAAAAACAUAUUUAAGAAAAAAAAAAGAAUUAGAAAAAACUAUUGAAAAUCGAAUACAAACUCUUGAUAACAUUCAAAGUCUUAUAACAAGUAUUCAAACUACUCAUACAAAUAAUGCUGUAUUAUCAGCUUACAAAACAGGGUCACAUGUAUUAAAAAAACUUAAUGAAAGUGGUUUAUCAGAAUCUAAUGUUAAAAAUAUUAUGGAUGAUCUUGCAGAAGCUAUAGAAGAUCAAAAAGAUGUACAAGUUAUGUUAUCAGAAUCUUUGGUAAAUGAUGAUUCAAAUGUUGACUUAGAAGAGGAAUUGGCAGAAUUAAUGAAAUUUGAUGAAAAUAUUUUCCCUCCUGUACCAAAUACAGAGCUAAGUUUUAAUGUCGAUGAACUUCCAAAGGAAUUUCAAAACUUAAGUGUUGAAGAAAAUAUUACUAAUGAAUCAAGUCAAUUACCAAAAAAAAUUCAUAAUAAAAAAGUAAUAAAACAGUGUAUAUAA